UCCUCAGAAAGAACAAAGGGAUAGCCUCUCUCAGGUUUUUUUCUACUUCGGUGGAAACACUGAAAACUGGAAACUAGGCUAGUGUGCACCAGUUUAGGAAGUUGGGAAGUUCUUCGGAAAAGAAUAGACGGAGACUUGCAUUUAAAUUGAUUGAUCCCGAGGGGGAUUAAAUGCCAUAAAAUUUACAAAGAAGAAGAAGAAGAAUAUAAUUUAUUUAAGAAAACAACGAUAAAACAAUCUUCAGUAUAAUACGGCGCAAAAACUAUUUUAUAUGUGAUGGAAGUGGAAGAACAAAACGCAAGUACCAGCACGAAACACGAUGGGCCCGAAACAAUUGAGCAAAAAAUAAUUGCUCUUGCACGAGAGAGACCUAAAGGUAUUUCAGACAAAGACUUAGCUACCGAGAUACCUGAUUUACAACCAGUUCAACGGGCUCAGAUUAUAAAUAAGCUUCUGUCUCAAGGAUACUUUGAUCUUUUUAAACAAGGAGGCUUAUUGUUUUAUCGCUUGAAAGACCCAACAAAACUUGCUAAAUGUGCUGAUAAUGAAGAAAAAAUAGUAUAUAGAAUUAUUGAAGAAGCGGGAAAUAAGGGAAUAUGGACUCGAGAUAUAAGAUUUAAAUCUAAUUUGAUGCACACUCAAUUACAAAAAAUUUUAAAAAGCUUAGAAACUAAAAAGUUUAUCAAAGUUGUUAAACCUGUAGCAGCGAGUAAGAAAAAAGUGUAUAUGCUGUACAAUUUGGAACCAGAUGAGUCCGUAACAGGUGGUGCUUGGUAUCAAGAUCAAGACUUUGAAACAGAAUUUGUUGAUGUGUUGAAUCAGCAAUGCUAUCGAUUUUUGGAACAAAAGAGGGAAAAAAUGAAAAGUUGUAACGCCGGACCUAUUGCUGCAAGAAACACAACAUUCGCUUCUUCUAAGGAAGUGUGGAAAUUUAUUUCGGAUUUAGGAAUAAGUAAGGUGAAAUUAUCUGUAACUAACAUGGAAAUGAUUUUAAAUACUUUAGUUUAUGAUGGUAAGGUUGAACAGAUACUCGCAGGGGAUGGAAGUAAUUUAUAUAGAGCGAUUCAGCCUUUACUGAAUUCACCUGGAUUGAUUAGAACUCCUUGUGGUUUAUGUCCUGUGAGAAGACAAUGUCGGGACGAAGGUCCUGUUACACCUAUCAAGUGCCAAUAUAUUAGAGAAUGGCUAGAAUAAAUAUUUCCAAAAUAUUCAAGUAUUAAUAAUAUAUAUUUAAUUUAAGUUCUCUUAAUGUAUUUAAAUAUC